GUAGAUACUGAUACGCUUCAAGUUCUAAGUACUACAUAGUUAGGUGCUAGGCUAUACAGAGCCUGCCCCGUCUGUCACGGCCCGCCCCUGACCCAGCAGAACGGCAGCUUAUGAAUGCCGUGAAAUUGCCUCCAUCAGGAUCCUGGCCAGUCCCGAGUCGUCAGCCUGGGCUUUUCAUCCAGUCUUAAUCCUGCCCUGCGCCGGAAUCCUCGGUCUGGUCUUUCUCUGUGUGUCUGUCAAGAUGCUGUAUGCUCUAUGAGCCUAAUGUGAUGUGAUACGAUCUUUCUCUGUCUCUCUGUCUCUCAUUCUCUCCGUCUCUCAUUCUAUCUCUCUUUAUCUCGCUUUAUCUCUCUUUAUCUCUCUAUCUUAUUCUGUAACACUAUGGUUGCCUUGAAGAACUUCUUCAAGGCAGAUAAAGACGCCUUUGCGGCUCCUGGCGAUGGCCCUGGCGAUGGCAUCAAAGAUGGAGAACCCUGGCAGACGGAUCUUCCGCACGAGCGUACUCUCGACGUCGAGCAGCACUUCGAGAAUAUUGAGCGCCAGUUCCAAGAGCUCCACGAUCAUUUUCGUUCCCGCCCGGUCUCGACCUACUCCCAGACCACCAUCCUGACGCCCACCUCCUUCUCGCCUCCCCCCAGUCGCCAUGUCGAUCUGCUCGACGCCCUCUUCUCCUCCCACCGCUACCGCAUCCGCAACAAGACCAUCUCUCCAACCACUCCCUUUAACGAGGACAUCGCGGAGCGGAACAUGGUCCGCUUCCUGCGCGGCCAGCAGUACAAGAGCAAGGCCUACUCGCGUCUCCUCUCCUCGCUGUACCAGGAGGACGUGGCAGACCGCAACAUUGCCCGUAACAGCGCCAACAGCGUUGGUCCGGCCUCCUGGUCCCCCGCCAGCUCCCGUCCCUCGUCUACCGCCACGGGGGUCACCUCGCUCUCACCCUCCGGCGGCGAUGACCAGAGCAGCCAGCGACGAGUGUCUCGGAGACGGACCGCCCGCCUGGCAAAGUCUCUCAAUGUCUCAAAGGAGAAUCUCCGGGCGAGAUCUCAGUCCCCCCGUGGUGGAAGCGACAGUGGAGGAGAAUCGGCGUCUCCCAAAGGUUCCUUGCAAGUGGGCAGCAGACCUCCCCUACGCCAGCAAAGAUCGGCUCCCAGUCUGUUGGUGGACGAUUCGUCCAUGAGAGACCAACCCACUCCAUCACCGUCCGCCUCGUCAAACCAUCUGGGUGUACCUCCCGCAUACAAGCAGGGCGACAUGUUGAGCAACGUCCCGUUGCCCGACAGUCCGACGCUCCCCAUCCUGAUGUCGCGGCAGCCGGUGCCCACCAGCCGCAGGAAGCAUCUGAGCGACGACGACAAGCUGCUGUACCGAAACUCGUCCUCCUCGGACUCGCGCAAGGCGGCCGUCAAGAAGAACCCGCGCGACCUCUCCAUCAACACCGAGCUAGCUGCCUUCCCCAAACCAGGCCACUCCAUCUCCCACCGGGCCAGCACCCUGCUCCCAAAGCCGAAACGCAACCCCAGCAUUGCAGAGGUGGUCAACAGCCCGCUGCCCCUCGCGGCAAGCCCGACGGCAACGACCCUACCGCAACCGCCGCUGUCGCCAACCAACUACAACGCCGCCGAGAUCAUGGACAUGUUCAAACAAGCCUACCUGUCCAUCCAGGCGACAACCCCGAACCCAAGCUUCGAGACCCUGCAGGACGCCAUCAUCCGCGAGAUCAACUCGCACGAGGCCUUCCGCCAGGUGCCUAUUCCGGCUCCAGGUCCCCUCUUCACCCCAUCGCUGGCUCAGCGUCCAUCAUCAUCAUCUGCCACGGGGACAGGACUAGGCCGCAGUGUGUCCGCCAGGGAAGGUCAAUUCUCUCGACUCCUGCGCCGAACAAGAAACCCAGACUCCGUAUUUCGCAGAAGUCUCUCCGGCGCCGUCCCUGAGUGGACUGGUCACCGCCGUCGCCGCCAUUCAGAGGCCCUCCCCCCUUCUCCUGGUUUUCUGGAGAGUAUGACUCAAGGUCCUACAGGGGAUGGAGUCACUUAUAUGGAUUUAAUCGGAAGAUCCAGCAACAAGACGACCACUUCUCUCCCUCCCAAACCGGGCACCUCGCACUCUGCCCGCCGGGCUGACACCACCACCACCACUACCACUACCACUACCAAACCACGCUCCGUCUACCGUAUGCGCGCACAUACCUCGUCGUCUAUUGUCGCGCCGUUCAAACUGAAACAGACUCCCGCGGGGCCUAUGAUCGCUCCCCCUAUCGUCCAGGUGGAAAGCGUCGAUGUUUAAUAUACUAUACUCCCUUCACUAAGUUUUUCUUUUUUUU